CUGUAGUACUGUAUUAGGUGUGUUAGACAAGAAAGUGGUACUGCUAACAUGUCAAGGUAAUGUUGGUCUGGUGCAAUGGACUUGCAGUUAACCGUGCUCAGACAGGACAUAGCUGCUACAACUACACAUGUGUUGGACACCCUAACGCAGCAUGCGUGUCCUUUUGGCAUUUGCCAAGAUGCUUCCAACAACCACCUUAAAACCGUCCGCUUCGACCGACGACGUCCCUGUCGCCAUCGCAGUAAUCGACGACAACCAUGACUACAUUGAUGUCGCAUCCCCAGUACAAGCAUCCCCGUCAUCCAUCCUUCCGACGCAGCACAAACCACUGACGUGGCUGCGCAAUGCAUUGUUCAACGCUGGCUGUACUGUGGCUUUGAUCGUGCUCCAAGCGGUGUCCGCGGCCUUUUCCCUUGCCGGAUGUGUGGUGGUGUUGGUUGGGUUUGUCAUGGGGGUGUCGUUGCUUCCGCUAAUGUGCGUUGGCCUCGUGGUGCUGGGUGUGUUAUGGACAUUGUUGGAGCCGUUGGCCAAGAUGGACGAGGACUUGUUCCUUCAACGCCAAGUACUGUACCGCAGUAUCCGUGCCAACAUGCCCAAACAUGCUUCGCAAUCCUGUGCGGAGUGACCAUAAAGCGUAACCGUCAAAAAAAAAAUUUCUGGACUGUUGGUUGUAAAUAUAUCGUGAAAUCACUGAUAGAUGAAUAUUAUACUAUUCGUUGGAAUUCUUGGAA